AUGUUUUGUGUUGAGUGUAGAAGAAGGAGCGUGGAUUCAGAAAACAAGAAAAUCAUAUGUACAUUCUGUGGUAAAAAGAUAGACAAGUACACUCAAGCAAAUGACACAUUCAAGCAUAUCGACUGUUUGCUUUUGAAAGACCAAGUGUUCCGACACUAUUUAAUCAACCAUAAAAUUACUCUGGACAGGUUUGUUUGUAUUUACAUUUGGCAGCUGAUUCCCAACAUUUUGCUGCACUUUUCGAACGUGAGUAUUUCAAAAAUGCAAAUAGAAGAGCUCGAGGUGAAUUUAUAUUUUGGCAACGUUCUUUUCCAGGUGACGAGCCAAGCAUUCUACACUCUUCUCCUCUACACUCUGCUAGGCAGCGUUCCGUUUUUCAAAUUACUUUACUCAAUCCACUUUAGCUCAUUUUAUAAUCUUUUUAAAAUAGUUUUUGCAGUGUGGGAGUAUAAAGAAAUUCAAUUUUAUGCCAUACUGGAAAUAUUGAAUUGCUGCUCAAAUGUCUGUGCACUCAAAUGCUUUGACGAGGAUCAUCUUAAAAUCUGCUCAACGGUACUAAUUUCAAAGAUCGCCUCGUAUGGAAUUUUAGUAUACAUAUUUAAUAGGUAG